AUCCCACUCUUCUUAAAUAAAUUACUACACUACUAGUCUUCAGAUUUGACAAGAUGAAGGUUCUUGCCAUACUCAUCGUAAUUUGUGUUGUUGAAUCUGUAUUUACAGAGAAAGUUCCCACUGCCCAACCAACCCUACAGCAAACAAGCUUUGAGGACAAGAGAUGCAAGUGUGUGUGUCCUAAACUUGUCUCCAACAUUACCAAAAAUGAACAGAGUGUUUACAUCAAAGAUAUACUGGAUCCUGAAGAUUGUAAAUGCAAGCAUGUGGUGACCAAUGCUACCGAUGAACUCUGUGUUCAGUGUGAAUGUAAAUACGAGGAACGUAACACGACCACUAUCAAGGUGGUGGUGAUCUUCAUCAUCUGUGUCGUGUCUCUACUGUUCGUGUACAUGUUGUUCCUCCUGUGUCUGGAUCCGCUGAUCGCGCGACGUCCCACCCAGUACCAACAACAGACAAAUGAGGAGGUGAAUUUGGAUGAUCACUCCGUUUCCCAGAUGUCCAGUCGUCCGGAAAUGACCAGACAGCGAUCAAUCAUAAAUCGUGUGACGGACGAACAAAAGAAAUGGAAGGGGACAGUACAGGAACAGAGGAAGACAAUCUACGACAGACAUGCUCUCCUCAACUAAAGGAUUUUCCACACUCCUGUCUUCCACUCAUCAAGGCAGGAUGGUAUUUAAAAGAGCGUAUCGUAAACCAAGAUCAUGAAAGUGAUAUGCUAAGUUCACGAUAUCAUAAAUGAUACCUGUUUCAUGUUUACGUUCAUUAUCACGGUCCGUUGUAACGUCAUGAUUUAUUGUGAAAACAGCUAAUGUAUUUGAGAAAUUUGUAAUAAUUUGAAAUGUGAUAAGGUAUAUUUACAUCUGCAGAAAUACCUUAAAUUAUAGAGCCAAUAUUGUUGAAGUAGUGUGUAACUUAGGUAAAUCGGACUGGAUGACAGGCGAUCUCCAGAUAACUAAUCAAGACUGUAAACCCUUGGAUUUUGAAGAUGGAUGCUGUAAUGACAGGUGAAUUAGGUACAUGUAUACAUAUAGGUAUGUAUAUAUGCAGGUACAAGUAUACAUGCAGAUAUACAUGUAUAUAUAUAUAUAUGUGCAGGUGAGCUGUAAAUCUUAAUGCAAUAAUAGAAUUUGAAUUUGAAUAUAUCUUAAAGUUAGAAUUCAUCAUUGAAACAAAGUCAGUAAAGUGUUGAUGUAAGAAACAGUGCCCAGUUUCAGCUAAAUUCCUUAACUUUAGGAAAUUUCUUAACUUUUAAUGUUCCAUUUAAAAGCAUUACAGACUUAAAGGAAGGUUCCAUAACUAAGAUUUUCACCUUAAAUCUGUAAUGAUUUCAUUAAGUUCAGGAAUGUUGAUGAAACUGGGGCCUAUAGAUGUGAUAGGUGAGGUAAGUUGUAUUGUAUGUUGGUGUCUUAGAAUCAUUUGCUAAAAUGAAGUUAUCAGGUAAUACUGUAUUUUAAAGCGAUGUCAUCAAAUCAUUAUUAGACUCCAUAUUUACAGGUGGAUAUUGUCAGGUGUGUUGGAUUGUGUUGAAAAUUUCCUUGUGAUAAAAUUGUUAAGUGUAAAAUAGAAAUAUCAGUGUUUCUGAAAGUAUGUCUAUAUAACAGGUAUUUGACAUCCACAGGUGGAUAUUGUCAGGUGUGUUGGAUUGUGUUAAAAAUUUCCUUGUGAUAAAAUUGUUACCACCUGUAAGUGUAAAAUAGAGAUAUCAGUGUGUCUGAAAGUAGGUCUAUAUCACAGGGAUUUGAUGUCCAGUCCAAUUGUCUGUAUAUUGUAUUGUAAAUAUAAAACCGAUACUGAUACAGACAGAGGCAGUGAGUAUUGGGUGACAAGUCCCUGUGCUUUGAUAUGUAUUUUGAAAAUCCUGGUAGCAUUAUCCAGAUGUUGGUCUUUAAUGUAUUAGGGGACAUCAGUUUGAUAGCCUGAUGUAAAAACGUGACUGCACUGAUUGGAUUGCAUUCUGUGGAGUUAGUUAUGCCAACUUCAUUAAGAUAAGUUAAGUUUAUUUACCCAUACAGGAUAUUUGAAGGUCCUUUUCACAAUCUCAAAAUUGUAACGUUCAAAUAUUUAAUGAUAGGUGAAAGAGGCGUUACUUGGGUCAUUGACUGAUCUCGGAUCUGAUUAUAAAGGAAUUCCUGGUUUUCUAAAUGCUUAUCCAGUUUAUUUUCAAAACUGUUUACAUUGGGUGCUAAUACAACAUUUUUGAGAAAAUUGUUCCAUAUUCUUACAAUUCACAAGACAAAAAAAUAAUUUGAAUAUCUAGUCUUCAAUGUUGUGUCUUUCCACACCAUUGCUAGGUUUUGUGGGAAAAUUAUCAAAAAAGGGAAAUGUGUCCCAAAAGCAUUUGAUGUCAGUGGAUGAAAUGUGAAACAACUACUGGUUGUUAAUUAAAAAAGAAUUGAACGAAAAAAUGAUGAAAAUUGUCCAUCAAAACAAGAACAUGAUGACUCUUUAAGGAUGUGUUACUAAAGAGUUAUCCCCCCUUGAUCUACAAACUACAAAGGUUGAAUUCAUAGAAGUAGAGUCUAUAUCAUUAUACAAUAUUUGUGGAAACUGUGGAUACUGCCAAAAAAUGUUUUGUUUUGUUACUUUUGUAUGAAAUUGAUGCAUGAGGACAUUUUCAUGUAUUUGUAAUGCACUGUCUGUCUACUUGUUUUAAAAACUGUUACGUAUAUAUUGCAUAUUACUGACACGACCUACGACCUCAAAUUUGGUUGAUCUAUACUAGAUUUGCGGACUUGUAUGACUCUUGAAUCAUGCAUACUUAUACCUUUUUAGUGGCAAUGUCUUGAAGUUAAUAUUGCUGCAGACAUUACCAUGUUUAUCCAGCAAUAAGCACAUGUCUGGCAAUAAGCAUAUACCUGACAAUAAGCACAUGUCUGGCAAUAAGCCCAUGUCUGGUAGUAAGUUUUCCAUUGUCUAUCAGUUUAGUAUCAGUGAUAACAAAUGUUAUUUCAUUGUCCUGCAAUAUGCCCAAUCUCAAAUUUGAGUCGAAGCUUAUGUGUCGGUCCCCUGGGCUUAUUACAGGAUGAAUGUGGUAAUACAUUUCAAAUAUUAGCUUCUCAAACUGUACAUCGUUAGGAUUAAUCUUCAUUGAUGAUGUCCCUCAAACAAACCUAGGAAAAUCUUUUUAUCGUGAAUUUUAUUAACUCCAAAAAGAUUUAGAGACACUACUGGAAAGAUGAACGUACCAGUUCCUUAAGUUCUAUUAAAGCUAGUCGAGGCAUCGUGUCCAAACAAGCAGAUAUUUAUGUUUGAUUUUUCACGUUUUAUUAAUUAUGUUAUAUUUGUCCUUAACUGAAAGUCAAAUUAUGAUGUUCAACAUUUGAAGUUCAUACACAGCAAAUGUUUUAUAUUUGUGACAUGUAAAUACAUAUAUAACUUUAAAUUUGUCUGUUUUUAAUGCAUAAUUUAAUAUUAUCAUCACACUCUACGAUCAUUGAUUAUUUUAAAGUUAUAAAUAUUUUUUGCCUCUACAUCAUAGAUCAAUGAAAUUUAUGAUAUCUAUAAGAAUUUGACUUUAAUUUUGCUCCAUUUCUUUUGUCAAAUUUUCCAGUUACUUUGAUUUUCAUCGCCCUAGGAGCGGGGACCAUGAUAAUUAUAAACAUUUUCUAGCUUAAUAAACUUUGAUUUGCAACAAUUAUAAAAUAAGUUUUGAACUUCUACUAAUUCCCCUUGUUGGCCCAGAUAUAGAUAAUGAAGAAACUAUUGUCAGUGUAAAACCAAGAAAGUUAGAUUUCAUUAUGUAAUGUAAUAAUACAUUAAAUAAUGCUGACCAGGAUGAUUGUUAAUUGUAAUGCUGUCAAAAAUCUUGUCACAGAAUCUGAAAUCCAAAAGUGGAGAAUAUAGUUAUACAAGCUCAAGUACUAAUAGUAACAUUCCACAUUGUCUCAAUAUAAUGUCAAUGUUAAUUCUAUUGGGAUACAACCCGAUCAUCUCAACAAGCCAAAAAAAUAUAUAUUGAAAAUCUUUUUCUUUUUUUGAGAAAGAAUUUAAAGUUUUUCUUUGUUUGCCUGAAGUGAUCAUUUUGAUUGUCUCUAAUUUUGAUUUUUGAAUUAAUUUUAAAUCGUAUAUAGUGCCUCCUGGAAAUUUUUCAUUAUGUUAUAAAAUAAGUCACAGUUUACUAUGGACAAAGGUUUUUAGGUAAAAUUUCUUAUGAACAUGAGGUCAGAUCUUCAGAACAAAAGUCUUGUUUACGUAUCCAAAUUCUAUCUGUGAUAUUUUUGUUGAUGUUUUUGUACACAUAUUUUUUUUGUAUAUAGAUAUUCGUAUCUCCUGAUCCUAAUAACUUCUGUAUAUACAUUGUAUCUAAAUGCAUCAUACAAUUAUUCAAGUUAUUCAGUUUCAAAAUUUGCAUAUUUUAUCGGAACUAUUUACAUUUAGAAAUCUUUUGCAUAAACCAUUUUUUUUUUUUUAAACAUUCAUUGGAAGUAAUAAAAAAGUAAAAAAUUAAUCAAUAGAGUGGAUUCAUUCAAAACUUGCAGAAGCUUUUGUUACAUUGUGAGAAUGUUGAGAUAUAUAUAUACAUGUAUAUAUAUAGUUUAUGGUUUACAAUAGAGUGCUCUUACUUGGAGUGAUUUUAUAAAAUGACAUUAUUGAUAUUUAUGUGUGUGAAGUUGAUUGUUUAUUUAAUGAUUGUGUGAUUAUUUAUACAGUUUGUUUUUAUUUCACUUUCCCCUAAAUAUUUUUGUUUCCCUCUUACUCAAAUUAUGAAAAAUAUCCCCAUUUUAUUUAGAGGAGGAAAAAAAAUGGGUUAAAAAAGAAAAAAAAUGUUAGGACCUGAAAUUUAGGGACUG